UCGACCACCAUAAAACGCCAUCUCUCCUCUCUGACAUUCGUACCCAAACUUCGAAGAAAAGGUAUCCCAAAGAUGAAGGCAAUCAUCCUUGCUUUCGCUCUGUGCCUUGCCGUUGCCUCUGUGCAGGGCUAUAUGGGCAGUUACUAUCACAACAGAUACAACCCCCGUUACUAUGGAAACAUGUACGACAACUAUUACGACGAUGACUACUACAUGGGAGGCAUGAGGGGAUACAACUCCUACAGAAGUCCUUACUACAGAAACUUUGGAUACAAUAACAUGGGAGGAUAUCUCGGAUCAUACCUCAAUAGGCGAUACAACUACUGAAAUAAGAAAAAGAUUUUUGGUUCAGCAGAAUGAAUAUGUGUUAUGAUUCAAAUAAAUAUAUUCAUUUUACUGACA